AUGGAUUUGGUAAAAGAUUACCUUAGAACCAAUGGAGUCUGCGAAACCCAGGCCUGCAUCAGAGCCUCCAGCAUGUUGGCUUUGAGUAUGAACCGAACUUUAGAUCCUUGCGACGAUUUUUAUAAAUAUGCAUGUGGAGCUUGGCAUAUGGAACAUCCAAGACCAAGUGAAUCAUCUUCAUACGAUUGGUUCAACGACCGCCAAACUCGAAUUUUGCGCCAAGUUCGAGACUACCUCAGAUUGGAACCGGACACCAAACAAAAACUACCAUUACCUCUAAAACAAUCACGUUGGAUGUACAAAGCCUGCAUGGAUACCGAAAAAUUGGAGGACCUUUCGUACGCACCCAUUGUAAACUAUCUUCACUCCAUUCAAAUGCCGGCUGUCCCGACAUAUUUUUUAGAUAAAGUAGACGUUACAAAUAUGUUUUCAAAUUUGACUAAUUAUGUUAUGAAUAAUGAAGGCGCGUAUAUUACAAAUUUUGAUUGGAUUAUUACUUGUGCAGCUCAUAAAAGAUUGAGUACAGCGGAUCUUUUAAUCGGUUUUGCUGUGUAUCCUCAUCCAAUGAAUGGUUCCAGAACUAUUAUGCUGGUUGGAUCUCCUGAAAAUACUAAUCCGUUGCCGAGUUACAAAGAGUUGUCUAAACGUUUGGAAAAAGUGCGACGUGCCAUGAGUACAAAAGAACGUUCUCCAAAUCAAAAACGUUACCUAACUUUCAUUCGUGACGUCACUUUAAAUUACAUAACUGAAGUGACUCAAUUGGAAGGGACUCCUCCAGUUGACUUGAUGCAAAGACUGGAUGAUGCUGCUGAAGCAAUUUAUAAUCUGGAAGAGAAACUUUACGAGAUAAACGAAAUGGCCAAAAACAUCUCGUUGAAUUCAACCGCAGAUCUGAUGUCGUCGAUGAAAGAAAUAACUGUCGAGGAAUUACAGACCGAGACAAAUCUUUGUUUGGAUGGUGAAGUCGAUUCCGACAAACAACCCCAUGAUUUGUGGUCGCGAUACAUCCAAAAAUUAUUUGAAGGUAUACAAUCAGGAGUCAAUGUAACUGGAGAUAAAAUUCUUAUAGACGAUUCGGAAAUAUUCUACUUAUGUUCAAUAAAUCGUUUAAUGCAUACACAUCCAGCACGAGAGUUAGAAUUGUAUUUAUGGUGGCAAAUUAUGGAAAUCCUUAGUGUACAUACAACUAAAACCAUGAGACAACUGUAUGAUAGAUAUGCUGGUCAAGUAUUAGGCAAAACAGUUUGCCAAAUAAGGUAA